AUGUACUUUUUUAAGGAAUAUGGAAAUGAAUAUGGAAAUGAAUAUCAUGGGCAGAGUGGACAGGACUACAUGUAUAGUGACGAGGUUAAACAGGAUUUUUUGGAAGAGGAUAGAAGAAAGAGACGGGAUGCUCAUAAAUAUUCAUACAGAAGAAAUUGCUCACGAAGACAUUAUAGAGAUUACGUUCAACAGUACACUGAAAAGUGUUAUAAAGGGCGUGGGCAUUGCAAAGUACGGUUUGCUCAAACAUUGAGUGACAUAAUGGAGAAAUACUACAAAAAGUUGCAGGAGCAUAACCCAUCACAUGAAGCGGAACCCAAACCUACCUACAAGUACCUACAGUGUGGACAACGACCAUCUGAGGAAACCAUUCGAGAUAAGUGUAUUUCGAAAAAUGGGAAAAUACCCCACGAAGUUCACGUAGAAUGUGGAAUAUCACCCAUAGAUGUUCUACCGUAUGACCAUAGAUUCUACACGUAUAAGGGGUCCUUGACCACACCUCCCUGUUACGAAACUGUGCAGUGGAUAGUAUUUAAAUGCCCAGUCAGGGUUACUCGUAAAGCAUUCAAAGCAUUACAAGAGGUUGAGGACUCCCACUUCAAACCUCUUCGAAUUCUUGGAGUUCGAAGGCCUUUACAGCAAAAUCAAUGCGACGUGCUUAAAAACUUUUAAAUAAAAGUCGGAUAUCCAAAGGGUGUACCACAGUGUGAUAAUGAAUUGACAUACCGGUGUAUUUGCCUCUUUCGUAGACUUCACACUCUGUAUAUACUUAAUAUAUGUUUGUGUCGGUCACAACUUACAAAAUGUGUCCAUUGAUACAAACAAUUUAUAUUUUUCUAUUGUUACAUUAUUUCAAAAAAUGUAAAUAAAU